UAUAGUAGGAUAUCAAUGUAUUAUUAUUAUUUAAUAUCACCACGAAUUAGGCAUACAAUUGUCAAUGGAAAAACCCCACGACAGAUAGAUCACGCCACCUUAUAGGAAUGUCGUCCGUCAGUGUUUACCGUCUCAGUUUUGUAUACUUAGCACUCCGAUGGUGCGUGGAGGUCACCUUGACAUACGUGACCAAUUGUAACAAUUAUUUUCCAACCUGUAACUCGCCACUCCUUCACGAGAGUCCGACUGACACACAACGACAGUCGCUCUCGCUCCGUCGCUUCUUGUACAUAAAGGCUACGAAUAUAAUUCGCCUUAAGGAAGCUGAAGUCUUAAUCAACACCCUUUAAACGCCCCCCGACAAGCCCGUUACAUUUGGUUGGCAGCGGUCACCCCGCGCCUGUGCCUUCGCUACCUCGUUCUCUUCCAAGCCACGAGAACUCACCAACAAAACUCCGGGGACAGGCGUGCAAGGGAAGAAGGAGUCAACGCACCAGCCGUCCGCGGCAACGCACCUGCCGUCCGCGGCAACGCACAUGCCGUCCGCGGCAACGCACCAGCCGUCCGCGGCAUCUCACAAGGCGCCCACCUACGUGCAACUCACAAGGCGCCAGCUACAAGCAUCUCACAAGUCGCCACCUACGUGCAACUCACAAGGCGCCAGCUACAAGCAUCUCACAAGUCGCCACCUACGUGCAACUCACAAGGUGCCAGCUACAAGCAUCUCACUAGUCGCCACCUACGUGCAACUCACAAGGCGCCAGCUACAAGCAUCUCCCAAGUCGCCACCUACGUGCAACUCACAAGGCGCCAGCUACAAGCAUCUCCCAAGUCGCCACCUACGUGCAACUCACAAGGCGCCAGCUACAAGCAUCUCGCAAGUCGCCACCUACGUGCAACUCACAAGGCGCCAGCUACAAGCAUCUCACAAGUCGCCACCUACGUGCAACUCACUAGGCGCCAGCUACAAGCAUCUCCCAGGUCGCCACCUACGUGCAACUCACAAGGCGCCAGCUACAAGCAUCUCCCAAGUCGCCACCUACGUGCAACUCACAUGGCACCAGCUACAAGCAUCUCACAAGUCGCCACCUACGUGCAACUCACACGGCGCCAGCUACAAGCAUCUCACAAGUCGCCACCUACGUGCAACUCACAAGGCGCCAUCUACAAGCCUCGAGCACACCAGCUAUAAGCAACUCUACAGGCGUCCAGCCUACAAGCCUCGAGCACACCAGCUACAAGCCUACAGGCUCUACAGCCUACAAGCCUCGAGCACACCAGCUUCAAGCAACUCUACAGGCGUCAAGCCUACAAGCCCCGAGCACACCCACAGGCCUACGCAGCCGAUAGCGAGGGCCACAAUCUAGAAGCCGCUCCCCCGCUUCAAGCCAGCACUGCUACGUACCCUGCAAGCCACUCCACGAUACGGCAGAGGUAUUCACACCUGCAACGUGGAGGCACGCCCCGCUGACCUUGGGACACCCCGCAUGCCCCUCGCUCCACAGCUGGCGGCACCACCGCCGCUGCCGGGAGCAUCGGCCCAAACCUCUUCCGACAAACAGUCAGCAAGGGUACCCGGGGACAUCUCCCGGUGACUGCAAGCUGUUCCCACUACCGUUUCUUGCAAGGCGUCUUCUCAAGAGGUUACACACCCAAGUCGUCUUGUCUGCCACCGCCGCCCAUCUCUUACUAUAACAAGGACGACGCGGCCAUCAUACGUCUGGCGGCAGUGUACCAGCUCCCAGCCGCGCACCGCGGCCGCUCAUUUUGCUGGGUCAGCAGUUUUUCAACCUCCAUUGCGAGUCCUCCGAUGUCAGCCCAUCCCUCACCUCUCACCGCCGCUGUGGCCGCGGCCGAGGUUUCCUGACGCGCCUACAACGACUGCACGUCACCCAGGGCAUCACAAGCCGUCGCCCUCUCCACUACAUCAGCUGACUAAUCUUGGUAUUUGUGGAUAUUCCCUUCUUGUCCAAAUAUGCCGCCUCGGCUUAUUUUCAUUAUUGUCCGUGCAGGGGCACGAUUUUUUUUAUUUCUGUGUUCCUACCGCUGUUAAUCAGUCAUAAUUGUGGGAGUAACGUUCAUUCGCAUACGAUAUUGAUUCUUUCUUAUUGUUUGCUAGCGAGUCUAUUGAGUAUAGUGUGAGUUCCCUGAUCAAAUUUAAUCUUCAUCAGUGUGCCCUGCCUCCGUUUUCUUUUCACCGCUCGAGAGAAAACGUGAGCUUCAAUGGUAUACUCACUUAACAUACCACUUUGUUUAUAUAGUUAUUCUUUCUAUAUAUACCCAUAUCAUUAGGGCAUUCCAUUAUAACCUUAACUUCUAUUACGUCUAAACAGGCACCUUGCUAGCCAUUCUUUCUUGCCUUUUUAGGGUUUCAACGCAAACUAUUCAUUCAUACACGUUCCGGUUAUUGGUUCAUAUUUACAGCUAUCAACAUAUGCUCCUAUUUUGUAAAUGAUUUACACCAUAGUAUGAACAAAGACACUCUCGCUAAACUCGGCGACACCUUUAAACAGUUGGCUCGUCCUUCAAGUGAAGAGGGACUGGAACACGAUACCACAACCAGUGAAUUUACUAAGGUAAUCUUCUGUUCAGGCACUCAUUAUUUAUCAAUUACAGGCCGCAGAAUUCGUUCACCCCCGGGUUCGUCUGCAUACUUACAACCCACUCAAGGUUCAAGGACACCCUCACCAGCAUCCCCUCGCACCAGCCGCAGUAUUACAGGCUCAAAAUCAUGAUGUUGCGUUUUCUGACCAUCUUGUUGUCCCUCGGCUCCCUGCUUGCAACAACACCCAUCCAUCUGAAGCCUGGUGCCCUCACGGCACACAUAGGAGAGGUCUUCCUCAUAGAAGAUGUGCUCCUCGUAAAAUAUCCAUAUACUUCCUUGACCAACACCACGGACACAAUCAGGAUAGUCUCAGAAAAAACUACUCGGCAUGGCAGACGCCAUCCGGGCUACCAAGACUAGGGAAUCAAAGGCUCCUUCUAGUACCAACUCUCUGACUCUUUUUCAACUACUGGAGGAUAGGAUUCUGUUCUUACGGGGAAAAGUUGAUGAGGUAAACAUGGAUUAUAGUUUUCACUCAGUUCACUCUCAGGUAAAGAGGGGGUUGCUCAACAUCGUUGGGUCCGCCUCAAAGUUCCUUUUCGGUACGGCUACCGACGAGGACGUUCGCGAUUUGCGGGACCACUACGCUCAUGUACUUUCCUUUGCUGCUCGAAAUCGCAGGGUGAUCAACGCCAAUUGUAGAAAACUUGCGCAAUUGCAUACUAACAUUGAGGAACUGCUAGAGCAGACAAAUAAGAUGGUAGAGGUUAUCAACAUAGUUGUCAAACAGAUCGACCAGGUGAAUCAGUUUCUCCUCCUAGAUCAGGCCUUGCAUGUAUUGGAAAACGUCAUUAGCUCCGUCGCAACGGCAAAUCAGCAGGUUAUUAGCAACAUGGUUGAUGCAGCGCACGGUAGAGUCACACCUGCCUUGUUCCCUCUACACGAUUUGAGAACGACUGUCCAGAUCGGGUAUCAAAAUUAUAGCCUGACGCCUUUAUUCACCCCGGACAUGAGUCAAUAUUUUUACCCCUUGAUUGAGUCCAGCCUCACCCCUGAUUGCAUAAUCAUUCAUGUUCCCUUUCAGACGGCGGACGUGUUUGAGGCACACGAAAUUGUCCCGUUCCCUUUUUCGGCAAAGGACAGUGUGUUGGCCCUGGACACGUCCCCGUCUCUUGUUCUAAUCGCGAAGGAUUUCGCUCUGUAUUCUACGGGUAGCUACUCACUCUUGCAGUAUUGCAAGGAGACGGUCUUCGGGCGAUUCUAUUGCUCUGCGUCUCUCUUUGCCUUCCUUCCAGUUCGGGGAGGAGUAUACGAGAUCGCCCUCACCCGCGUGAACGCGUCUGACGCUCUUUCCCUGUGCCCUUACAAGCAGCUAACACCAACGCCUGUUUUCCAUAAGAACUUUCAGGGUCUGCAUUAUUUUUAUUUCCCUCAGUCCUUCUAUGUAUCGGUCAUCUGCCCGGAGGGUACCACUUAUCAACGGGUUACUGGUCACUAUGCCAUAGCGGAAGCAUGCUAUAUCCGCUCCACUAACAUAACAACGUACCCGUCCCAGAUUCGUCUGGUUUUCACGGCCAAUAUUUCCCAUCGAGUGUUUCUUCUACGGUCUCUCGAUGACAUUCAUUUCUCCAGCAUCUCGUCUGUGACUAAUUCCCUUAAUUCAUUGUCUUUCGCGAACAAAACAGAGUUUGCGGAAACCCUGGAGGAAACGCUGCCUGAUUAUUUGCAUCUCCCCUACCUGUACCCUGGAUUUUUUGUACCAAUGUUUCUGAUGUUCGUCAGUCUCGUCGUCAUGUGCUACCUUAUUAGGAGAAACUCUGUCCUGCACGAUUAUUUGGUUGUGCAGACACGGCGACUGGAUGCCGGGAGGCCACUGGCAAGGUAGUUUUUCCUUUUCUCAGACAAGUCAGGGGACAGAAACCUGGCUGCUCCUAUACUUAACAUUGUACUGUGUUUCACUACUGUAUUUUUUGGGGGGGAGCUAGAUCAACGUUUCAUUGUCUGUAACUAUGCCAGUUGAUAGUUUCUUAUACAUGUGUCCUUAUAUUUAUCUUUUGAGAGGUUUCUUAUGUUUCAUGUCACACACGUUGUGGUUUCCCUCUCCCUAUUUAUAUUAUAAUUCCACAUCUGUUCUUCCAUAGCCAGUGUUUUAAUAUAAUUGUAUCAUAGGCAGUCUGCUUGACAAACUCCCACUAUGUAUGUUCAUGGUACCUAGACUGCUAUUUCGAUUUUUAUAUAUCGCGAGGUCGCGAUCACUGGUAGGUGACCGAGCAGUGUUAUAGUAGGAUAUCAAUGUAUUAUUAUUAUUUAAUAUCACCACGAAUUAGGCAUACAAUUGUCAAUGGAAAAACCCCACGACAGAUAGAUCACGCCACCUUAUAGGAAUGUCGUCCGUCAGUGUUUACCGUCUCAGUUUUGUAUACUUAGCACUCCGAUGGUGCGUGGAGGUCACCUUGACAUACGUGACCAAUUGUAACAAUUAUUUUCCAACCUGUAACUCGCCACUCCUUCAAGAGAGUCCGACUGACACACAACGACAGUCGCUCUCGCUCCGUCGCUUCUUGUACAUAAAGGCUACGAAUAUAAUUCGCCUUAAGGAAGCUGAAGUCUUAAUCAACACCCUUUAAACGCCCCCCGACAAGCCC